UCAUCCAGUUGACUGUACGAUCAGUUGGAAACAGUUAUUGGUGUUGAAUCGUACAGCAGACCACAAUCCAGUUUUCUUCGUAAAUUAUAUGUCGAUUAACAACAAAAUUAAUAUUUGAAAAGUUUCGUUGUUUAAACUUGAGUUUAGUCGACAUUGUUGGUUUGAUUGAUAUAAUUUUGAAUUAUAUUCUAUGAAAAACACCGCGAUAAUGAUAUUAAUUUGAACUUCCUCUAGCAAAAUAUCUGGACAAACAGUGAAAAGAAAUCGUUUAAGCAAAUUAUAUAUUCAAGUGACUAAAGAUAAAUCUAAAGUUGUACGUUGUGGAUAAUAAGAUAAACAUACUGUACAGUUUGUCCAGUUUAAGUAUUCAGUUGAAAAACAAAAGUGGAACAAUGAUCAUAGCAACUUUAUAUUCAGCUAGCAAAAAUGAUAAAAUAUGAAUGAUAUGACUCUCCGAUCUCUGUGUGCAGUGUCGUAAUUUUCCAACGUAAUACGUGGUCUAUUUUGGCGAUUUUUUAGUUUUUAUACUUUUAGUAUUGAAGGCAACGAAAAUCAAAACUAUGGAUUAUGACAUCAUAACUGUUCAACUUGUUCCGGAAAAGAAGGGACUGUUUUUAAAACAUUCUGAAUAUGAGAUUACUUCAAAAAAAUUUAAAUGCACCACAUUCCGACGUUAUAACGAUUUCGUCAAUUUGCACAACUUGCUAGUAACCCAAGCACCAUAUCGGAUGAUACCGCGUCUCCCUCCGAAACAAUUGAUGCUCGACUCAUUACUGGAAGAGCGACGAAGAGGUCUGCAACGUUGGCUUCGUAUUGUCUCACGUCAUCCAGUUCUCGGUACAGAUCCACUGUUUAUAACAUUUUUAACAGACAGCACCAGCGAACACCAAGAGCAUCUGCGAGAGUUGUACUCGAGGGAGUUGGACGAAUUUUCCAAACUAAGUGAAGAUGUUGAAUUGCCAUUGGAAGAUCAAGGCCGUUUGGCUGCCAGUCGGGAAAUGAUGAGAACAAUGCUGAAUCUAGUAACUAAAUUGAUGCGACUGGCUGAUCAGCAAGCGGUAAGACAACAAAAUCAAGGCAAAGAUAUGGAGGAGAUGAGUUCGAUACUAAGACAUAUCGGCUCUUCGAAUAAAAUGCUGGGUGACAGUACGUUCAGCGAGAUGGCAGUUGGUUUCAAGGAGGUGGCUACGUUAUCCGAAAAAAGUGCACUUCAUCAGCACAACGCAAUAAACGAGCGAUUCCAUUUACUGAUUGAUGUUUUAACAGCACAUAGUGAUUUAUGUGAUAGAGUGGACAAAGGAAUCGUUUCAGAUCAUCAAAAAGCUCUAUCCAAAAUGCUAAAUCUCAAUAAGCAACGGAUGAAGGGUGUGAUUCGAGGAACAGCAGCAGAAAGUGUGGCCGCAAUUCACGAAAAAGAAGUGGCACAAACCGGAGUGGUAGGAAAUUUAGGCAGACGCAGUGCGUUUAGUCUGCACUGCGUACUACAAGAAACAUCAUUGGCUCAAGAAUAUUUGCGCGUACUACCGUCAAUUCUAUUAUCAUUUACGUAUGAGCAAAAUCAAGGCAAUGCCAACAUGGUAAAGAUCUGGGAAACAAUUGUAGCCAAAGAAGCGGACAAAUUAAAUUAAAAACUUCUAAUCUCACAUCAAACUGC